AUGUUGGAUGAUAUUUAUUUCAUUGAUAAUCAAACUCUCAAUCGAAUUUCUAAAAAAAUUUUACCUCGAAUUAAUGAUCAAAAGAAACUUCCUAAAUUGAAGUAUUUUUCAUUAAAAUCAUAUUGUCGUACAUUCUAUUAUGACAGUCAAAUUGCUUCAUUGCUUCGUCGAAUGUCGAAUCUUGAAGAAUUGACAUUACUUCUUGCAGUAAUAAGAAUCAAUUUGACUGAUAUAGAUGAUAUUCAUUUAUAUGAUGAGAUUCUUAUUCAUAUACCACGAUUAAACAAACUUAUGUUUAGUAUAACAACUGUUAUGCAUAAUAUUCAGGAAAAAAUUGAUCUUCCAUCAAAUGAAAACAUACAACAUGGUUUUCUCGAAAGAGGAAUGUAUCAAGUUGGCUCUUAUAUUACUAAAAAUUCAUCUAAGAUACGAAAUGAGUGUUAUACUUAUUCAAGUCCAUAUCCAGUUGAUGUCUUUGUUUAUAUGGCCAGUAGUUUUUCAGGUGGAAAGUUCGAUGCACAGCGAAAGAAGCGAUAUUUACUUCCAUUCAUUACAUUUUCACAUAUUGUCAAACUUCAUUUGAAUUUGAAGCAUAUUGAUUAUGUUGAACAAUUUCUUUAUGAAAGAAAUGCUCAUCUACCUCGUCUAUUAAGUCUUCAAAUCCAAUAUGAAACAUUAUCAAUUUUAACAAAUAAUUUAACUAAUGAUUCAGCACGUGUCCAUUGUGCUAAAAUACAAUGUCUCGUUAUAAAAGAGCCAUUCGUAUGUCCACAAAAUUUUCAUUCAUAUUUUCCUUUAUUGUAA